UCGGAACAACGACAAUCAACACUCUUAUCAGCCCCGAUAACCCAAUUCCUGCCCCUCCAUUGGUGACAGCUACCCCGCGGCCUUCUUAUCAGGAAGCUUCAUGCCCGAGACCCUGGAGCUCUCGUCCACGAAACUGCUCAUGUGGAGAUGUUUAAUGAGGUGAUGUAGCUCUAAGCUUCUGUUCCUGUGAAUGCAUAUUUAAGCUCUCCUUCUUUUCUUCUAUUUUCUCUUCACUGUACAAGAUCAAUUGCACUGUUUUUUGAUUUUCAAGAUGUCUACUCCGUAUGGUCUCUCGGCCGAAGCUCUCAAAGUGAAGCCUUUUGAGUGGGAUGAUCAUUAUGAUUUCCCUCGAGAUCUGGUUGGGUAUGGCGAGGAAUCAUUCAAUCCUCAAUGGCCCAAUGGAGCAAAGAUUGCAGUGUCAUUCGUGAUCAAUUACGAAGAGGGCGCCGAACACACAGUCCUAAAUGGCGACAUGCACUCAGAAACCCACCUCUGGGAAGCCCCAGGCGGGACGCCCAAAGUCCAAGAACGCGCCGUAAACAUCGAAUCAGAAUAUGACUACGGCUCCCGCUCGGGCGUCUGGCGCCUCUUCCGCCUCUUCAACAACUACAACUACAAAUACACGCUCUACGCAGUGGGAAAAGCCAUCGAAGACAACCCCUCCGUGGGCAUCUCGUCUGUGAAGAACGGCCACGAUGUAGCAUCCCACGCGUAUCGCUGGAUCGACUACGCGGACAUGCCGCCGGAGAAGGAGAAGGCGUAUAUCAAGAAGGAGAUUGAGACCAUUGCGAAGAUUUGCGGGGAGCCGCCGAAGGGGUGGUAUUAUGGGCGAUUGUCGAGUAGGUCACAUGCUCUGGUGUGGGAUGUGUAUAAGGAGAUGGGGAUCCCGUUGCUGUGGGAGGCGGAUUCUUAUGCGGAUGAUUUGCCGUAUUGGGUUGAUGUUCCUGCGGAGAAGGAUGUCGAGAAGCCGGAGGGCAUGUUGAUGCUUCCUUAUUCUUAUGAUUGCAACGACUACAAGUUCAAUGUCCCAACUGGAUUUGGAUCACCAACAGAUUUCCACGAUCAUGUGAAGUCAGCUUUCGAUACACUGUAUGAGGAGGGCUGCGAAGGUUCGCCUAAGAUGAUGACUAUUGCUCUUCAUUGUCGUUGUAUCGGCAAGCCAGGUCGUUUCGGAGCCUUGAAGAAGAUUGUUAAAUAUAUCAACGGUCAUGAGGGUGUUUGGGUUGCUACCAGGACGCAAAUUGCAGAGCAUUUUAGGAAGAAAUUCCCGUAUCAGCGAGGACACUUGGCGCCAGGUGUAAAGAGGGCGGAGGCGAAGAAUACGAUUAAUGCGUGGCCAGCACAUAAGGACGUUCCUGUUUGAGUAUGGAAAAGGGUGGGAAUGGGGUAUGUGUUCAUGUUGGUUGUAUAAUGUUUUGGAAGCUUUAAAAAACCUUGAAAAUGAGUUUUGCAUAUUUUUAGUUCUUCGGACUGCGAAGGAAAAUUUACUACGCCUCAGGUGGAUAGCUAGCCACUUUCCAAAUGAGAAAGCCUUCACUGUGCGGCGUCUGAAG